AAAGCUUAGGUAAACUAUGAAUGACAAAUAGAAAGAAAAAAGAAGAAAAUAGAAAAUACAUAACCUCAAACCUCGUCUGUUAAUUCUUAAUAUUUCCUGUACAGAAAGUAAAGAAGAAAUUAAUGUCCAUACCCUUGGAAGAGGGCGAGUUUUUGGUAGUUCCACUGGUAUUGUAAAAUUUGUAGAGAGGUAAAAAGUGCACAUCAUGACUCAACCGUAUGCCGUUGUGUACUUUAAAGAUGAGAAAACUUAUUCGGAGAUUGCAGCAAAUUGGAUUUUGUCUGAUAAUACAUCAUGCUGGUGGCCUGAGAGUAAAAAUAUAGCCUCAUUAAUUUUUAGAAAAGUAGUUCCUAAUGAAAAUGGACCAUGGAAAAUAUAUGACAUAGAGGUUAUAGGUUUUUAUGGUAAGAAGAAUAAUACUAUAUCAACAACAUUUAAGAUUAAAUUGGUAAUAUAUAUUACAGCUUCCCUAGAUGCGGCUAGAAAAAAAGCUACAGAGUCAGAUUGUAGUUCUGAUGAUGGCGAUGAUAUUGGUAAAGGGUUAAGAAAAAAAAUCUUGCUAAUUUUCUGCUGUUCGUCACAAUUUUAAUGCCAG